AUGGGAGCCCCAAGGCGAAUUCCCAUUUUGCAGCAUGCAGCCGCAUUAGUCCCAACCAAGGAAGAAAAUCAUGUGCUCACUUCUAGUGCAGGAAUUACAUCGCUGUUUUCAUUUCACAGAACAAGUCUUCUGGUUUCAGGCUUUUUCUUCCUCCGAAUGGCUGCUGGAGGGGCCCCCGCGUUGUGGGGCUGCCUACGCCGAAGCACAGCAAGCUUACCCUUUUGGAUAUCAGGCUCCCUAUUGAGCUCGAUAAGUCCGAAAAACUCUAUUUACAUGCAGUGUAGGAGCUGGGUGCUGUACCAAGAAUCCAAUGGGCAGAUGCAGCGGUGCAUCUCCAUAUUGCACUCGCGAAACAGACCACCAAGACUUCGAGUCCGAGGCCUUCCUUUUUCUACAACAAAGGCGGAAGUUGCCUCUUUCUUUAAAAACUAUCGACUAGCUGGCCCGUAUGAGACAUCUGUAUGCCUGUUAACCCUUCCCUCGGGUCGACCGAGCGGAGAGGCCAUUGUGUUCUUUGAGGAUGCGGAGGAGGCAUUUAGGGCACAGAAAGAACAACAUAUGAAGUUCCUAGGCACGCGGUUUCUGGAGCUGUUGAUUGACUUCGAUACAGGCGGUCCUCAAAGCUGGAUAGAUGCCCGGGAAAGGAGCGAACACAUAAAUAGAAAGAGAUACAUUGGCGACAACCGCUAA